AUGGCAACCGCUUCGUUCGCCCAGAGACGUUCGACAAAUCCUCAGCAGUCCAAUUCCGUGCCUUCGACGCCGCAUCAACAUCCGCGAGACCUUCGCUUUCAUUCACGAUCGCCCUCACCUAGCAAGACGUUAGGUCACAAUUACCCUCGCUCAGCUGUCCCUGGGGCUACGUAUACUCCCACCGCAGUCAAGCCGACUCAAGCGUUCUGUAGAUUCGAGGCCAGCCCGGAGUUUAGAACACGACGAAUGCCCUACCUCGAAGGUGGCGAACUCCCGUUACCACCGCCAACAGAAGAGCCCAAGCCGGCUCUAGAACCAGGACAAGAUGAGAAAUUGAGUGGCGACAUGCGAGAGCUUUACGGCCGAUUACUGCCGACAGAAGAGAGCGAAGAAAGAAGACGAAAACUUGUCCAGAAACUAGAGGACAUAUUGAACGGAGAAUGGCCUGGUAAUGAGAUCAGAGUCAACGUGUUCGGUUCUUCAGGUAAUCUGCUGAGUUCGGACGACUCGGACGUUGAUGUUUGUGUGACCACACCUUUGAAAGCGCUCGAGUCCAUGUGCACCUUGGCUACAGUUCUUCACCAACAUGGCAUGCAAAAAGUUCAAUGUAGAGCAGGGGCGAAAGUCCCGAUCGUCAAGAUGUGGGACCCGGAACUGCAACUGGCGUGUGACCUGAAUGUCAACAACCCACUGGCUCUCGAGAACACGCGCAUGAUUAAGACAUAUGUCCAGAUCGACGAACGAGUACGGCCGCUUGCCAAGAUAAUCAAAUACUGGACGAAGAGGAGGAUACUGAACGAUGCUGCCUUUGGAGGCACUAUCAGUUCCUACACAUGGAUAUGCAUGAUCCUCAACUUCUUGCAGACCCGCGAUCCUCCGAUUCUACCGUCCCUCCAAAAGAUGCCCAGUGCUCGCUCCAUACAGGCCAACGGCCAGACUUCUGUGUUCGCAGACGAUCUGGAAGAGUUGCGCGGAUUUGGCAAAGACAACCAUGAAAGUCUGGGUCAGCUCAUCUUCCACUUCUUUCGAUAUUACGGCUACGUCUUCGACUACGCAGAGCAUGUGGUGUCAGUCAAGGAAGGGAAACCGAUACCACGUAAAGAGAAGGGAUGGGACAAAAGCAACCCCUUGGAGAAGGAGGCGCAUAACCGGCUGUGCGUUGAAGAACCCUUCAACACGCAACGCAACCUUGGAAACUCCGCGGACGACUUCUCUUUCUCGGGUAUACACAAGGAGAUCCGAAGGGCCUUUGAAUCUCUCAAGGAUGGUUCCGGGCUCGAAGAAUGUUGCGCUCAGUUUGAGUGGCCCGUCGUCGAGAAGAACAUUUUCCAAAGGCCGACACCCAAGCCCAAACCUAUUCUCACACGAAGUGCUUCCCAGUCUGGGCGGCCUAACAACGGGAACAACCAAGGACGA